CGGACCUACAGAUAUACGAGAGUCACGGCAAGAUUAUUAAUGCAGUUUGUAGCCUUGGACUCCUAGAACUCAUGCCUUGGCCUGCGACACAUCUCUAUCCUGAAUGAAGCCGUUCAUUGCCCAGACCUUGAUAAAUAUACAUCAUUAUUGGUUCCGCAUGGUCUCAUCAUCUGCUCGUUGUUGAGUCUUUGGUUUCAAACUUUUUUGGAUUUCCUGCCGUCCUUGAUUAUUAUACCUGCUGCUCUCUUCCCUAAGCCUUUGAUCCGUUCGCCAAUUGCCCAGAAUAGCAAAUUGCUAUUACAUCGUACACAUCUACAUUCAACAGCAGUAGUUAUUCCCAUCCCAAUUAGAUAAUAAUCAUCUCUCCAGCUCAUCUAUCCAUAAAAAUCCAUACUAUCAAACCCACCCCCCCUCUCCCAAUGCACGUCCUCUGGUCCCUCAUCCAACCCACCCUCUCCGCCCUCUCCCCCUCCCCCCUUCCCUUCUCCCUCCGCUGGCGCCUCCUCAUCUUUCAACCUCUCACCGCCCUCAUCUUCACCUUCAAAGCCCUCCCCUGGAUCCUUACCCCCAACUCCUACUCCGUCCACCACCUCCCCACCCGCGCCAAACACUCCCUCCGCACCCUCGCUUUCCAGCCCCCAUCCCGCCCCACCCCUGACUCCCGCCUUCGCCCCCUCGUCCUCCUCAUCCACGGCGGCGGCUUCGUGGGCGGCCUCCCCGACAUGCUCGCGGAGUUCGCGCAGACGAUCGCAAGAAGGACCGGCGCUGUCGUUGUCGCGCCGACGUAUCGCCUUGCGCCGCGGUGGAGGUUCCCCGCGGCGAUUGACGAUGUGGAUGAUGCGGUGAACUGGGUGGUGGAGAAUGCAGAGAAGGAGUGGGGCGCGGAUAGGAGGUGCAUCACCGUGUGUGGGUUGUCGGCGGGAGGGAAUUUGGCGUUCGCGACGAGUUUGGGGAGGAGGGAGGUGAAGGGGUUGGUGACGUUUUAUGCGCCGGUAGAUUUGCGGUUACAUCCUAGGGCGAAGCCUCGCCCGGACAACUUUCCCAAAAGCGACCCCCUGGGCUUCUUGCAAGAGUUAUAUGAUACGUAUGCGUCUGAUGCAAAAAAAGAGUGCCCCGAGGACCCGAGAUGCAACCCGAUUUUCGCGCCCCUGGACGACCUUCCGAGGAAUAUCUUGCUGCAAAUACCGAAGAUCGACAUCCUUCUGCAUGAGCAAACCGUCUUCGUGGAGCGCUUACGCAACGAGGCCCGGGGGAGAGGCGAGCUUUUAGAGGAUGGAGAGGAGGAUUUGGAGGGGAAUAAGAGAAGGAUCAUGGCGAAUUUCUAUGAGAAAGGGUUUCAUGGGUGGGUGGAGUUGUCAAAGACGAUGGUGGAUCAGGAGAGUUGGACGAUGGCCACGGAGAGUUCGUUCGACUUCAUUAAUGAAGUCAAUGGAGCGAAUGGUUAUGCUUUUUGAAGUGACAGGUUUGUCUUGGAUGGCGAUCGGAGUUCUCUGCUUUUCUGAACUGUGAUCCUACCUCUUUCCUUAUUGGCGAUACGAACAUAACCCCCUGUUUAUAAGAUAACCCCUCAGCUUUGAAUGCUACUCUUCUCA